UCGUGUCGAUUAUUGUGCUCUACUUUCGCGAGCUCAUUCUCUAUCGUUUGGGGCCUCUUUCAAUUCGCCGCUUCGACGUCAUUUCCGUACCCAGGAACCGCAACAUGAAGCCACGGAUAUCAACCAUCGCUACGGUCACGCGAAUCGCACACUGUCCACGAGCGUUCCCGAGUCCAAUCCUUUCGAAAACAUUUCCUGCACUUCGACCAUCUUAUGAUGGUGGUUCUGCAAGGCGUGCACAAUUGACCAGUUUCACACUCACACGGCAUUUGACAGGCAACGGGAGAAAGCACAAUGACUAUGAGAAGUCGAAUGCCCGACCAGCAAACGAGCUCAAUCAUGACAUUUCUCCGGAAGAAGAGGCAGAUUUCGAAGAGAAGAUGAAGACUCUCAAGGAUAAACAGAUUCGGACUCCUUGGCAGAGAGAGGGCAGUGACGUCCCACCAGUCGCGCGACAACGGAGUGCAGGAGCAAUGACAAAAGGAAAACUGCUCACAACUCCCUCUCGAAUGCUCAAACUCGUGCUUCCCCUAACCACAAGGGACGCCAAUUCAGACCGCAAAGAUGUCGAGCCACUCGCCCUCCUCGUCCACCCACAGCAACCUCUCUCCUACCUCGAGCGUCUCAUCCAGGCCGAACUACCCACAAUCGACAAAGACGGCAGAGAUCGUAUCCCUAAUGUUUACUUUCGUGCCGAGGACUCGAUGCAAGGCGAGUUGGAGCCCUCCAAACCCGCCAAGACGCCGGUAGCAACCGACAGCGAGCCGGUCAGCGAACAAGAGGGCGAGGAAGAUUUCGAGAAAGUAGAUGAAAUCCGGAUUAACGGCAAGACUGAGAAGACUGGAAAGCUGACGGGGCGUAUGAACAAGAGAACUCCCGAUGAAGCAGCUGAAUUGCGAGGUGGACACGGUGAGGGAGGUGUAGAAAGCUAUAGCGGACUGGGCCAGGAAGCUUCAUCUGACAAGCACGCUGAGCGGAAGUUCGUGCGCUGGUCUAGCUCUACGGAGAUUGGUGACUUCAUCCGGGAUGCUGCGCGUGGUCAGGAGUUUUCCGUCGAGAUUGAGGGCGCACCGCACGAUAUUCGGGUUGGUGUUCCCAGCUUCAAUGACCGAACAUACUAUCUCCGACAACGUCUUCGCAAGAAGAGUGAGGAGAUUGCUUCCUUGGCGGAGAUCAAGAAGGAAUGCGAUAAACUAGCACACAAGGGCGCCCAGCGCGUUGCUAUGGGCGGUUUCGGUAUCCUUCUCGGAUGGUGGUGCCUCGUGUACCGCUUGACAUUCCAGACAGAACUUGGCUGGGACGUCAUGGAACCUGUGACUUAUCUCGUCGGUCUUUCCACCCUUAUCGGCGGUUACGUCUGGUUUCUGUACCACAACCGUGAAGUCAGCUACCGCUCCGCCAUGAACUUCACCAUCAGCAAGCGUCAAGCCAAGCUAUAUGCCGAUCGUAACUUCAACCUUGAGCGCUGGCAGGCUCUUGUUGACGAAGGCAACGCUUUGCGCAAGGAGAUCAAGGCAGUUGCACAAGAGUACGACGUCGAGUGGGACGAACUACAGGACGAGAAGGACGAGAAGGUGGUCAAGGCCCUCAAGAAGGAGCGAGAGAAGAAGAAAGAGCGUAAAGCGAGCAAAGACUCUGAAUCCGAUGACGAGAUCAGCAAGGGCAAAGAUCACUGAAAUGCAACAACGUCCAUACAAACA